AUGAGUGACCAUGUGGGUGCGGCGCUGCAGAGGUGUAUGAGUGGUGCCACCACCCCCGCCUUUGUGCUGACGCAUGCGUGUUGGGAGCGCUGUCUCCGCCGCGUGCUACGUUCGCAGCACACUGACGCCGCCGCUAGGCUGUGGGCAACGUACAUUUUCACGCGCUACAGUGAACCGCAGCGGCGCUACCACACGCUCGCACACCUCGAGGAGAUGCUGCAGCAACUCGCACGGUACCAGGCAGGGGCGCCGGCAGCGCACCGCCUGCCACUGGAGGGCGACACAACGCGGUGCCUCGUCGUGGAGUUGGCGCUGCUGUUCCACGACGCGGUCUACGACCCACGACGUGGCGAUAACGAGGAACGCAGUGCUGAGUGGUUCCAGACCUUUUGGGCUGAGUGCCGCCAGCUGUCGACGUCGCACGCAGCAACAAUAACAACAACAACAACAACAACAACAGCGGUGACCCUGGGCGAGGCAGAGGGCCCGCCGGUGCCGCUGCUGUGGGACGACACACAGGGCGACACUGCAUCGACUGUGGAGGCGAGGGUUGUUGAGUUCAUUCUCAGGACGAAGCACCACAUGUCGGUGGAGCCGUGCCACGGGCAACAUGAGGGAGGAGACAGCAACAUCGGCAGUGGAAGUGGCGUGGAUGAAUCCGCAACGGUGCCGAUGCCCCCAAGUGAUCUCCAUCUAUUUCUUGAUCUAGACCUCGCCAUUUUAGGGAGUGAGGCGGCGCGCUACCAGCAGUACGCAGCCGAUGUUCGGUGGGAGUACAGUUGGCACAGUGAGGCCGACUUUCGCCUGGGUCGUGCGGCGUUUCUGCGUGGCUUCUUGCAACACCCGCGGUGGUACAAGACGAAGUUCUUCUACGAUGCGUUAGAGGUGAGAGCGCGGGCGAACGUGCAGGCGGAGGUGGCGGCGCUGGAAGCACGGCUUUAG